AUGGCCCGGGAGAGCGGGACGCUGCCCCUCACCACCCAGCUCCUGCAGGGCCCUGUCGUGGGCGGCUGGUACAGGAUCCUGGAUCAGCUCAUCCCGGGGACCACAAAAGUCGUGGCUGUGAAGAAGAUGGUCCUGGACCAGUUGGAUGCCCUGAAUGCUUGGGCAGAGGUGGGCACGGGGUGGGGGUGCUGGCAGGGCCCCUUCACUGCUGUCUCCUUCUCUGCACAGAUCUGGCCACCAGUGCAAAUCGCAAACUUCUACUUCGUGCCCCUGAAGCACAGGCUGGCCGUCGUCCAGUGCGUUGCCAUCGUCUGGAACUGCUACCUCUCCUGGAAGGCAAAUCGGAUGUGAGGGGGAAGCCAUGUCCUCUCCCUGCCGCUCCUGCCCACCUGCUGCCCGACUCUGCCCCACCUCCGGAGCCCUUGGGACAGGCACCUGUGGCUGUGGGUGGGGACGGGAUAUGCAGGGUGCUGGCAGCACCCAUCCCGCUCUCUCCUCGGGGGACCUUAUCGCCUGCAGCUAUGGCCCUCACUGCUCACAGGGACAUGCAGAGGAGAAGAUGGCGAUGGGUCCACCCUGAGACAAGCCAGUGCCUGGGGCUGCUCCGGGUCCAGCAGCCUGCUGUGCCAUGGGGCAGCUCUGCCCCUCGAUGCACUUUUCUGUCCGGGCUCCUGCAUCUCCCCAGCCUGUGGCCCCACACACGGGGUGGUCCUGCUGCAGCGUUGGUCUGUCCUUCCCCAGUGGCAGAUCCCAGGGAGGGCGAGGAGCCAGAGCAGUGGGUGCUGGUGCGGGCCCCAGCCCAGCGGUGCUGUGUGUGGGGCACUGCCCCGCUCGGAACUGGGGUCGGUGCUGCCUGCCCCUCCCCGGGCUGCUUGCCCCGGGCUGCCUGCCCCGUGCCUGCAGCUCUGCAGCACCCACUGCUGCAGUUCGGGUGCACUGCCUCUAAAAACAGGUUUCUCUGCA